AUGGCGGAGGCUCUUCUGCCUAGCGCUGAGGUGGGAAGACUGAUCAACCUGAUACCGGUCGGCUUGAAAGAGGCAGCGAUCGAUUCUCCCACCGCCAGAGCGACCAUUGUCCACUAUGGCGAACAGGUGGAUUUGUUGGAAAGAUGGCUGGAGGAAUACAUGCGGGUCACCAAUCGUCUGGUCGCCGAGUCAUCCACCCUCGAAGGCAUAUUGAACAGCUUUACGUCGCAUGCGCUUGUGCCUACAACCAUCUCCGAGGCGAUGCUCGACCACGACUAUGACGUUCUCGCGAUGAAGCGAUACUCAGAAGGUGCCAAAGACUAUUGGAUGAGCAUGGUUUCGGUUGUCAAGCGUCUGUCGAAUCUUGUCGUAGAGCCCAUUCGGAUGUUCUUGCAGCACGAUCUGAAGGCCUUUCGAGAAGCACGCCGGUCGGUAGAUGCUGCGCAGAAGGUCUUCGACAACCAAAGUACCCGAUAUGCCUCUCUCUCGAAGACGAAAGAGCCGUCCUUCCUGCGAGAGGAAGCAUUUCAGCUGCAUGAAGCCCGAAGAGCCUACCUGAGAGCCAGCCUCGACUUCUUUGCCAUCGCACCUCAAUUCCGCUUCUCGGUGGACAAGCUUCUCGUCAGAAUAUUCUGCGAUCAAUGGAAAGAGAUGCGUAACUCGCGCGACACAACUGCAGCAAUCUUCCAGCGAGGUGCGGGUGACAUGGAUCGCGUCAAAGGGUGGCUGACAACGAUGGAGGAGAGCGAGAAGGCCUUCAGGCGCGAACUACACGCUGCACGCAAGCAAUUGGAGGAGUCAGCGGAGAAUGCGACGCGGCCAUCUCGAGAGAUCGAAGAUUACAGCACAACGCUCGGCUCUCAAUAUGCCCAUGGGCAUUCGACCAGUGUCGCUAGUGGCCCUCGAUCACCGCGCAAAGUAGGUCCGAAAACACCAGAGAAACAGGGUUGGCUGUAUUUGCGAACAUAUGCCAGCAGACCGACCAGGACGGUGUGGGUGAAACGCUGGUCAUUCUUGAGAAAUGGCGUUUUUGGCUGGCUCCUUCAGAGUAGCCGGGCUGGUGGCGUGGAAGAGAGCGAACGAAUCGGUGUCUUGCUGUGUAGUGCGCGACAGGCGGUGAACGAAGAGCGGCGUUUCUGUUUCGAGGUCAAGACCACGAAGCACACUAUUGUCCUCCAGGCAGAGUCACAGAAUGAGCUGCAAGACUGGCUUAGCACAUUUGAGACAGCCAAGUCCAAAGCCUUGGAGGAUCCUGCAUCACUAGCCUCACUGGGUUCACCUGGUCUCUCCAAUUCAGACCCAGCAUUCGCAAUAUCGAAUCCGCCCAUACCGGAGUUCGGUGCUUCUAUCCUUGCUGCGACCGAGCCUGGCGCACCAGCGGAAGACACGGUUGGAUCACUGGAUCGAUCUGGAACACUGCCAGCGCCUGGAGCCGAUUACGACCGUGCUGCAAGUAUGGACAUAGCUCGGCGUGCUACAGCUGCAGAUGAAGGGGGCCAGCGAGAUCACGCUUCUCGCAUAAUUUCGAAGCUCGAUCUGCACCGCAAAGCAUCACCCUCUAUCCAAUCGCCGACUGGCCCAGGAACAGGAGGAAUUGCUAGUCUGAUUGCCGCUAGUCAUGGAUCAAUCAACGCCAGUGGCACCAUUCCGAUGCUGCCAAGCGCUGGUGAUCCAGAGAAACCAAGAGCGGCAUUUGCCUUGGCAUUGCGAGACAUGCCACCCAGCACUCUUGCUCCGUCGACCUUGGCUAACGUCCCAGCGCCGACGAACAUGAGCAAAGCAGCAGUUGUCGUAACGGGCGAGCGUGGCUUGAGCGGUGCACUGGACAAGAGUGGCUUACCGAACUCGUUACUCGCAAACAUGUGGGGUAGUUCGAAUACUGCAUACGUCAAUAGACUCGACCGAACGGAAGCCAGACCAGCACCAGACGUUAUCAUGGCAACCCAAGAUAAUGCGCCUACAACAUCACAAGACUCUCCCACCAAAGCAGAGUCGACCAGUCACGGGACUGUUCCACAACUCGACCUAGGUCCACCAGCCCAGAGAAGAGCACGAUCACAGUCACCAGCGAAGCGUAAUGCCGCAGGAAGGACGGAAGGGAACAGCGCAGCCCAAUUGAAGAGUGAUAACACCAUACCGGACUUUCCCAACUACUAUCCGCUGCAACUCAAGACCCAGGAUGCCCAGUUCCGGCUACUGUUCCCGUCUGUCAGAAGAGAUGAGCGUCUACUGCUGGUGUUCCGUGCUACAUGGAGCCCGAACGACCAGCAAGAUUUCCCUGGCCGCAUUUAUGUCACCCCUAGCAGCAUAUACUUCUACAGCAACCACCUCGGCCUGGUCCUGACAUCCACCGUAUCUCUAUCAUCCAUCGACGAAGCAACCGCAGCCCCAGGCCGAGAAUGCGAUUUCCUCUUCCUACACAUGAAAGAAGGCGGCCCAGAAGGCUCCACCACCCGCAUCACUAUCAAGACAUUCCUUGAGCCUCUCCGCCUCCUACAACGCCGCAUCAACUUCCUCGUCACCCACAGCACGGCCACACAGCCUCAGUCUCUCGAGUCACUAAUCAAGGCUCUUCUCAAAAUGGAAACCGACGUGCCAGACCGUACUCCUAGCCUAGAAAGCUGGGAAGACGUUCCUCCUGACACACCGGCAGACGCACAGGGCCACAAGCGACGUGGUCGCUCCAACACUGUACAAUCUGAGCUGCGCGCCCCGAUGCGCGUUUCCACCGCCCUCAAUCCUUACUCCACCUCCGCAUACGACAAAGCCGCCACGAAAUUCAAGCUCCCCGCCCAACCCGUCAAGUACACACCGCCCGGCAACCUCACCCUCGCCGCGGAACGUGAGUUCGACGUCUCCCCAAAGGCCCUCUUUCACGUCAUGUUCGGCGACCGCUCCGCGCUCUGGCAGCUCCUACAACACGAGAAACACGCACGCAACCUCAAGCAGGGUCCGUGGACGGAGGUCGGCGAGGGCCGUCUCCGACGAGACUUUGAGUAUCAGGUCACCACCGCCAAUCUCUUCGGUCGGGAGAGCGCGACAACAGUGCGGGACUACCAAAUCAUAGACGUCAAUUCGGACCACCUUUGCUACGUCGUUACGGAUAAAGCUACACCUUGGCACUUGCCCUUUCCCAACACGUACCGUCUUGUCAGCAAGGUGGUGAUAACGCACGUGGCGAAAGCGAAAUGCAAGCUCGCCAUCUUCGUCAAAGUAGAGUGGUUGGGUGAGCCAUGGGCGUUGAAGGGGAUGCUGGGGAGGCAAGCGCUGCAUGAUUUGGAGCUGGAUGCGGCGGAUCUGGCGGAUUUGGUGGGGGACCAGGUGAGGAAGUUGGAGACCACCAGCCUCGAACUAGACAAGGGUGCAGCUGGCCAGUCCCUCGAAUUGCGCAGAGUAGGUGGAAGGCGCACAGUCGGCACUUUACUCAAACAAGGCGUCGAGAGCGGGUUGCAAAGCGCACUGGGCAUGCUCCUGGCAAGCAUCGUGUCGGUCGUGCAAUGGCUCGGCAAAACAAUCGUCGCCAACAAAGUUAUCCUAGCUGCCCUCCUAUUCAGCGCACUCUGGAACACAUGGUACGUGCAGAGGGAAGGGUGGAUGUGGUGGCAGGAGCGCCGCGCGGUGAGGUUUAUGGGGAGGAUGGGGGUCAAGCCGGAGGUUGUGAUGAGUAAGGCAGUGUACUUGGGAGAUUUGGAUGAGUUGAUGGGUGAACAUCUCAAUGUUGUUGCUGGUAUCACCGAUCCUGGCGACGGCGCUGCUGGUGGUGCCAACACGUGCUACGAAGUUUUCGUGCGCGACCACGCUGGCUUUGGGGAGCAAGCGGAGCUCGUUUCCGUGCCUUCCUCAUCGGCGCCAUCAUCAGCGGUCAGCAGGUCUCGUUCGUCCUCGGCGAUCAGGACACAGCGGACGAGACGGGAAUUGGGCAAAUACCGCCACGACCUGCUCGUUGCGAUGCGCAUGGUCAAUAGCGUUGAAAGAGAAGUUGUGAGGAGCGAGUGGGAGGAUUGGGUGGAGGGGGAGAGGCGGAAAUGUGGACAGGUGGGCGAGCUCCUCGAGAAAGUGAGGAAGGGAAAAGACAAAAAGGGAAAGAAAGGGACUGUCAGUGGUAACGAGACAGAGAUUGUGGUAGAGCAUAUGGGUUUGAGUGGCGCUACUGACGCUGGAGGGGAGUUGGAUGAGUGGUUCAGGGAGUAUUGUGCGAGUUGUAAGGCUGAGGGGAGGAAGAUUGAUGGUGUUGGGGGCAGGAAGUUGCUUUGA